ACUGCCCAUUCUACCAAGGCCAACGAUUAUGAAAACUCGAUGAAACCUACCUUGAUAUUUCUGCUGUUGCAGUCCUGCAUACUUCUGGCGGCACAGAAAGUUUAUGAUUACCUAGGCUGCUGGAAAGACGACAACUCUCUUCCACAAAUAAGAUUGAACCUGCCAGAACGACAGUCACACAUUUCACUACUGCGUCAGUGUUCUAAAGCUGCUUACUCUCACGGGUUUCCAGUGUUUGGAGUCGUAAACAACUCAGCAUGUGUAGGCAGCGUUCAUGGAGCACUCACCUACAUGCGGUAUGGUCCCUCCACUAAAUGCCACAAUGGCACAGGGGGACUCAGCGCAAUGGAUGUUUACAGCUUGGAUGGUACCACCGGAAGCAAGCGUCUCUUUUAUGAAGAGGACCAAGAGAAGAGAAAUUUCAUCAGUGAUUUGUAUAAUUCUGCUUACGGAGAUCAUGUCUCAAAUAAUGUGAUGGCCGCGUUAAACAAUGCCUUGGAUCAAAACACGGUCAUUCCUGUAAAUGCUGCACGACACCCAUUGGUUAAGAAUGGUCGAGUAAAACCACUUAUGUUACAGCCUCUAUUCAGGGAGAUUGACGAAAGUGACUUUAGAGCAUACCGACCACCAACUAGUGGCAUCAACAUUCUGACCAACCCAGGAUUUGAACAGCCACUGGUAAAUGAUCCGAUAAAGGGAUGGAGCUGCCAAGGCGAGACAGAUGAUCCUCGUGGAGGUUUCAUUGCCCGAUACAGUCGGCAGAGACCCAAAGAAGGAAAACACAGCGGUAUAUGUCUUGCACGUCUCUCUGAAUGGGCGGGACCUGGUCAGUAUGUAGGUAGCAGAGUUUUGCCAGGACGCAUCUACAAAUUUAUGGGAUGGACGAAACUUCUGGACCGUGAAAAGACUGGGGAUGUUCAUAGCCUUGAGUUAUGGAUACGCUUUAAGAAAAGGGGAGACAAGAAACAGAAGAGCAAGCGUCUUGCUAGGAGGACAAAAUAUUCCCCAGAUUAUGGCUGGGUCCUUUGGCAUACUGCAUUUGAAAUGCCAGCGGCUAAGGCAGGCUUCCAGUACAUGUUCAUUUACUUCAAGGGUCCCAAACCUACGGUUGACAUCUUGUUGGACGAUUUGUAUCUCGGUGAAAUUCUUCAAAGGCCUGACUGGAAAGAAAAUAGCGAUGCUCUCAUUGAUAAAUACAGAAAAAGAAACGUGAGAUUAAGAGUGAAUAUCCAAGGCACACAAUACUCUGCGGACUUUCUUCAAAAUCUGAAAAUGACAGUAAGACAAAAAUCUCACCUCUUUGCAUUCGGCGCGGCCGUUAACAGCAAGUACCUUUUACAUAAACCAAAAUAUCGUGAUUUUUAUCUAAAAAACUUCCAGUGGGCAGUAUUGGAGAGUUCUCUGAAAUGGAGCUAUGUCGAACCUAGUCCGGGCGCUUUCAACUACAAAAUUUCGGACGAGGCUGUAGAUUUCCUACAAACACACAACAAACUGAUUCGUGGCCAUUGUGUCUUCUGGGCAGUUGAUACACAAGUUCCGUUUUGGGUGAAGAACUUAUCAAAUACCCGACUGAGGGAAAUACUGCAUGAAAGAUUGAAUAAUCUCCUUGAGAGAUAUAGAGGCCGUUUUAUGCAGUGGGAUGUCAAUAACGAAAUGCUGCACGGAUCAUUUUUUGCGGAUCGUGAAGGUGUCACCAUUCGUGAUUGGAUGUACCAAGCAGCAGCCCAGGCAGACCCGGAUGUUGAUUUAUUUCUCAAUGAUUUUGAUGUGGUAGAAAAUGGACAACUAACUCAGGCUUUCUUGGAGGAGGCAAAGGGUUUGCUAUUACGUGGAAUUCCGCUGGACGGAAUUGGAGUUCAGGGCCAUUUUACUGGUCACGUGAAUCCCACGCUACUCCAGUAUCGCCUUAACAUGCUAGGUGAAGCCAGGAUUCCAAUAUGGUUGACAGAAGUCGAUGUUCUUGAAAAGGACCCUAUGAAAAGAGCAGAUAGCCUGGAAACCGUCAUGCGCACUGCAUUUAGUACUCCUGGCGUUCAAGGUUUGAUUCUGUGGAGUUUCUGGGGCUAUAGUUCAUGGAGGGGACCGUAUACUUCACUUGUUGAUGGAAACGACUGGAAGAUUAAUGCCGCUGGUUUGCGUUACCGCAGUCUCCUGAAACAGUGGACUACCCAUGCCACAUUAUCAGCGACAUCUAUUGACCAAUCAGAUGCCUACUUUGACUUUCGUGGUUUCCUUGGAGAUUAUGAAGUAUUUCUGCAUCUUCCCAAUGGACACAAUGUCACUCACACUUUUAGUCUGGAUCCAGGAAAUGAUCAACUCGAUAUCACUGUCCCUUUGCCAGGUUCUACCCCAGUGAAGAGUAGUUCACAGGCUACGUCGACGUUUCCAACGGGGGCCCAUUUUAUACCAAACAUACCUCAGUUCACCUUCAACCAGGUCCAAUCAAACUUUAAAGAUCUCAGUGAUGAAGACGACCAGGACACCGACGAUGAAUUUCCGGAAUCCAAAGGGAUUGCUCAAUCAAGCUUGAUGGAUACCUUUAGAUCCUCAAGCGGAGCAUAUAUAGGUUGUUUUCACAACUCUGACCCUCUACAGCAACUGAAGCACAGAUAUGAGGGACACCCAGCCAUGGUUCCAGACAUCUGUGUGCAGCACUGUGGUUCUAACGGCUUCACUUUUGCUGGCUUAUUAAUGGCGUCUGAGUGCCUCUGUGGACUUUAUUUCAAAGGUGAAUCGAAGGUCAGAAACGAGGAGUGUAUGUUACCGUGUCAAGGAGAUCGCGAACGAAGCUGCGGCGGACAGAAAUUUAUUGCAAUUUAUUCAACGAAUUAGGAGCAGAGUGCAUUUUUGGUAAACCACUUACUGAAGAGAAGUAAGAGCCGCAGAGGAGUCAGCCAAACCAUGUAUUUUUCUGUUUAGAUAAUCGGAGAUGCCAUUUUCCUUUUAUCUGGGAGUAUUUUCAACAAGUGAAAACAAGGAAAAGCGUUGAGACUUUUUUUCACAUUUGUCUUGAGAGUAGAGAAUGUUACCGCCUCUUUUGAAAUGUACAUUUUUCACUCAUAAACUUACUGUUUUCUAAAUUCUUCCAGUUGGAAUUAGAUGACUCUCGAAACUAAAAAUGAUGACAACCGCACGGUUUUGCGUGUGGUUAUCAACUUUGAUCUUGGAUUAAUGAAUAAGUUUAUUAAAAGAUCCUUGAAUUUUAUAUCGGAACUCCAUCCAUACAUCUCGUCUGGAAAAAUACCCCUGAUCAGAGCGCGCUAAUUGUUGCCGGUGUAAUUUGAAAACGAAAGUUCACUCUUUGCAGAUACUUGGAUCUGAUUUGGGAUUUCUAGCCUUCCAAAAGGAUUGCAUUUAUUUUGCAGUAUCGUAUACGUUAUUGAUCUCUCAAAACGCGCGCGCGAUAUGCGGUUAUCCAUGAUGGAGUGCGAAAAGUGUAUGACUGACCCAAUUCAAGA